UGGGUUUUGUUCUACUAUUAAUUAUAUAUAUUUUAGAUAACUAUUAAUUUUAUAUAUACUCAUCAUAUUAUAAAGUUACUUUAAAAAAAUGGGGAUAAAGUCGAAUGCAGCAAAAUGUUCGGCAGUGGUAGUAGAUUAGGUGAUGGUGAAAUUUAAAUAUAUGUAAUAAUUAUAUAAAAUAGGUUUUAUGUGGGUUGUCGAUAUGUUUUUCUCAUUUUGUAGAAGAGGAACAACACCUGAGAAAAUUAAAAGGAAAACUACUCAUCUUCUUCCUCUUAAAUUCUUAAUUUUAAAAGAACUUCCUUUCAAUCUCCCACUACAUCUAUUAAGUUCAUUCUCAUAACACUAUUGGUAUCAAAUUUACAACUAUUGAAUGAUAAUUGCAUGGAAAAGUAAGGGAGUGACAACGGAACAGAUUAUUGGGCUCUCGGUAGAGGAGACAGGGGCAGUUGUAGUUUCCUAUCAACAAUAAAAAAAUUUCUCUGAAAUGGUGGCAGUACACUAUUGAGAAGAUGAUGGUCUUUUUUUCUCAUUUAUGACUUGUGCGAAAUGUGAAUGGGUGUCUUGUGAAUAGUUAUCUUGGUCAAUGAAUAAUUAAAUAGAAUGGGUUUACUUAACGAAAGGGUGUCUGUUAAAGUUAUUUGUUUUUUUAAGUACACAACAAACUGUUAAGUGCACAGUUAAAUAGACAUUUUAUAUAUUAGGUAAGAAAUAUAAUAAAUUACUAUAUUAGAAAGUAUAGCAUUAUAAUUUUAGUAAUUAAUUUACAUUCUAUAUUUUCAAUUUCACAUCAAACAAUAUAGAAGAGAAUUACUUUCCUAUCCAUCAUUUCUAUCAUUUCUUUUCCCCUAAUUUCCAUCCAUCCUACCAAACAUAGCCUAAGAUGGAGUAUAGUAUAAAAUAUAAAUCCCGUGAACACAUUAAUGCACAUGAACAUUAAUUGCAACUCUUCCUCCAUUUCUCGUGAACUAAUUUAUUACUUACAAUUCUCUUCACCAACCAUAUAAAUAUAUAUAUAUAUACACACACCUCAAUUCAUUGUCUCCUCACUCUCACUCACUCACUCUUUCACUUUCUCUUCCAAAAUCAAUAAUGGCUCAAAUUUUCUCAACAUCCAAACAAACGUAUCUCUCCCUCUUUCUCUUUCUCCUUUCAUUUCUUCCACUUUCAAAACCAUUCACAGUCAUAAUGUCCGACUCAGGUGUACCAUCUGCCUUAAUAGACGGACCCCAAACCGGGUUUUCCAUGAACACCAACGACGGAGCCCGAACCGACCCGAAAGAGCAAGAAGCAGUUUACGACAUCAUGAGAGCUACCGGCAACGACUGGGCCACUGAAAUACCCGACGUCUGCCGUGGCCGGUGGCACGGCAUUGAGUGCAUGCCUGACAAAGACAAUGUCUUUCACGUCGUUUCCUUGUCUUUCGGAGCCUUAUCGGAUGAUACGGCCUUUCCGACCUGUGACCCGACCCGAUCAUAUAUCUCGAAUUCCAUUACUAAACUUCCACACCUUCGAACCCUUUUCUUCUACCGUUGUUUGACCAAUAAUCCUCAACCCAUUCCCUCGUUUUUGGGUCAAUUGGGUUCAACUCUUCAGACCUUGGUGCUCAGAGAAAACGGGCACGUUGGUCAAAUCCCAAUUGAAUUGGGUAACUUGACCCGGUUAAGAGUUCUUGAUCUUCAUAAAAACAACUUAAACGGGUCGCUUCCGGGUUCUAUAAAUCGGGUCACGGGUUUAUGGUCGUUAGAUUUGAGUGGGAAUAGAUUAACCGGUUUGAUACCCAAUUUUAGUUUCCCUCUUUUGAGUAUAAUCGAUUUGAGCCAAAAUCUUCUAGUGGGUUCGAUUCCAUUAGGAAUAACAACUUGUCAUUCGUUGAUUAAGAUCGAUUUUAGCCGAAAUCGAUUAACGGGUUCAAUACCCGAUUCGAUAAAUAGCUUGAAAGAACUUACUCUUUUAGAUUUAAGCUACAAUCUUCUCUCGGGUCGACCCGUACCCGACUCACUCAAGAGUUUAGAUUCUCUCCAAGCUUUGAUCCUAAAAGGCAAUUCAAUGGAAUCAGAAACGAUUCCCGGAAAUGCGUUUGAAGGAAUGAAGAGUUUAACUGUGUUGAUUCUAUCAAACAUGAAUUUGGGUGGUCAAAUCCCAGUUUCAAUUGGUCACUUACCAAAUCUUCGAGUACUUCAUCUUGAUGGGAACCAUUUCAACGGUUCGAUUCCAAAGAGUUUUAAAGAGCUUAAAAGUAUAAGUGAGCUGAGAUUAAAUGACAAUUGGCUAAGUGGGGAAGUUCCAUUUGGGAGAGAAAUGGUUUGGAGAAUGAGAAAAAAGCUAAGGCUUUAUAACAACACAGGGCUCUGUUUUAGUGGGAAUAAUGGUGUGAAUGAUGAUUAUUUGGAUUCAUCUUUUAAUUCUGGUAUUGGUCUUUGUGAUAUGCCUAAACCUGGUUCGGGUAGAACGGUUCAACAUAUGUUUACUACUCAGAUUGACUCAACUGAUGUGUCGCAUAGUACAGUAACAGUUCAUAGAGUCUCUGUUCAUGCCCUGUUGAUUCAGAUAGUUAUUAUUGCGUUUCUAAUUUUGUAACUGUAAACACAAACAGACUGUACAGUGUAGUGUUUUUUUUUUUUUUUACUUUAAAUGUUUCACAACAAUGUUAAAAUAUUAUGGUAAGGAGAAAAUGAUUGGGAUUUAUCAAAAA